AUGGAGAGGGACGAGUUUUACAAAAAGUACCAGGAGUACUACGAAAAUGACAUCAACCUAAUUCCGCCGCUCAUUGAGGGAAUGGGCAUCGAGUUGUACGAUCUGUACCUGAGCGUGUUAAACCAUGGAGGCUACUCCUGUGUUAGCAGAAAUUCUAAAUGGAUUAAAAUAGCAAGGGAGUUUGGACUCAUCAAUAAAGAAAAAAAUAUCAAGCUUAUAGAGGACACGAAAUGUAUUAAGGAGUACUACCUUACAUAUUUAAGAGAGUUCGAAAGAAUACAUGAUAACAUAAAAAAGGGAAAAGUAUCCCCCAAGAAGGGUCGAAUAGGAAAAUCUUCUAGUAGCCUUGACCUCAGGUAUAAUAAAAAAAUAUCAAUUAGUAAAGCGAACAACAAGAAGGUAAAGAGUGAGACACACCUACAUAAUUUGCGGCGCUCUGGACAAGUAGGUGGUGUAAAUAUUCCUGGGGGGGUUGUACAAUCAGGAAUUAUUAAUAACGUGGAUCCUUUAAUGGGAAGUGUGAAAGACGCAUCUAAGAAUUUUCACACAUAUGGUAGUAACGGAAGCGUGAAUUCAACAUACGUGGACAUGUAUAAUGUGAGUAGUUCGCCAACUAAAGUGUGGAAAGAUAAUUUCUACAAAAAGGGGAAUGCAUAUUGUUUGGAGGAUUAUCUUGAUGGAAGUGCAAACUGGUAUGGUGGAGCGAACAUUCUAGCCCAGAUGAGCAUGAGCACCAGUCGACCUGAAAAGAGCAAAAGCAAUCAGAAGAAGGGGCUUACUAAAAAACGUAGCCUUAAGGUUGAAGGGGAUUUCAUCGACGGGGAUAUGCGUCCAAUGCGUUUGGAAGAUAUUAAUCUCGCCAACUAUGGGGCCUACGUGAAUUAUGCAAACGGGUACUUUUAUAACAAUCAGUUUCUAAGUUUGAGCGACAUUGGUACAGGGGGAGGUGCAUUUACCAAAAGUGAAAAUAUAGGGCAUUGUUUUUUCAACUAUGGAGGAGUCGGCUUUGUUGGGACUCCCCAUACGCUUGACAAUUCGUUUGAAACGUACAAUUAUAUGAGUGCACCCACGCGGGGUGGUCUCGUUUGGAGCGGAAUGGGUGGUUAUAUGGGUAGUGCGUUUAAUGGAGGUAUAUCCCAGGGGAUGAACUACAGCGUAAACUAUGGGAGGAAUUAUGGAGUGAAUUACGGUUACAAUUAUGGAGGGGAAUAUUACCAGGGUUACUAUCCCCCAUAUGAAGGAAAUAUUAAGUGGAACCCCUUCGUGGGAAAUGCAAAUGACAAGUUCAUGAUGGGAGUUGGAGGGCCUACGAACCUUUCUUCGUUGGAAGGGUAUCCAAGUUCUUUGUCAUAUGGCCUUCAGAGGAAUGACACCAACAUGGACACCAGGAAUUGCAUCGAUAUAUACAGGAUUCUAUUAGGAAUAAACAGAAGGAAAGAGAAGGUUGCAGAUUUUGUAUUCUGUCUCAAUGUCUUGUAUACCCUAUCGGUUGCUAAUGAUAUGUCCCUAUCCAAGAGGCAAGUUAAAAUAAUAAUUUGUAUGCUUUUGGAAGUACUGGACGAGAUGCUCCACAUUUUUUAUUCUAAGUUGUGCAUGAAGGAGAGGGCACUAGAAAUAAUGAUGAAAAGUUUUUCAGACUACUUAUCCGACAAAAAUGAAUAUAUAAGUGGCAAGGGGCAUAUACCAUUGGGGGGGGAUGAUUAUCAUGGAUUCAUGGCUACUCGGGAUGGUAAUAAAUACCUGGUGGGGUGCACUGUAUGUUCAUCACCUGGAGGAGAUCAUUUGAAUUAUAAAGGGAAAAAUAAUCUGCAGGAAUUUCCCCAAGGGGGGGGAAAACCCGAAUUGGAGAGCAACACCCUCAUGGGGACGAAGCUAAGUGAACAAGUAAAUGUGAGGGAUAUAGCUAGCUUGUACCUGUCAUACAGUGGGUACUGCAAUGAUAAGAGGAGGAAAAUCAGACACGCAGAGAGGUGCACUGAGGAGGUUAAAAGUGGAUCAGGAGUGAAUAACGCGGCGGAGACGAAUGAUGCAAUGGAGGAGGAUAACCUAACAGACGUGGAGAACUCAUCCGGAGAGGAAUUCCCAGGGGAAGGAACGAGUACCCCUGACGAACGAAGCGACUGGGAAGAGAGAACUCCCCGAAGCUCCAACCCACCAAGUAGCGUGAACAGCUCCGACAUAGAAAACAUAAUGAUGGGUGGAACAAGUAUCAAGGAUGGAAAUAAAUCUGCGGAAAGUCUAUACAAAGAUAAGGAGGAAUCGAAAAAAUUCAUAAUAAAGAAAAGCAAUCAGGAAUUCGUUUUCCUCAUUUUGUAUAUAAUGAACAAUAUUUUUCAAACGAGAAAAUAUAAUUUUUAUUUUUGUAACAAAGGAGAUGACUGCGUUAGGAAAGAUUCCUUAGGGGAGGAGAGAGACAGUGUUGAAAGGCGCAUAGGUGGGGAGACCACACAAAUGGGAGGUGGAAUAUUUGAUAAAAUUGAUAAUGGAACGAUUAAGGAAAAAUUGAAGAGAGGAAAAGUCGUUGGGGGAUAUUCCACCUGUGAUGAUAUCCCUGAGGAGAGUAAAAUGAACGAAUUGUGUAAGGAAAGCCAAUGUAGUGAUAAAAUAAAUGUGGGGGAUAAUGAUAUGGUUGAAGGAAGUGGGAAAGAUGAUGGGGGGGGUGAUUGUUCUACAGGGGGAGAUCAUCUCUUAUCCAGUAGAACUGUGGAGAAGGAGUUUUGGUCAGACGACUCGUUCGAUUCCUCAUCAGACUGUAGUAUGUGUAGUUACAAAAAGAGAGUUGUGAAAAAGGAGAAUGCUCCAAGUAGGGGCAUAACCAGGGGGUAUGCCAAAAUUAUGGACGAUAAGAAAAAAAUGAUGGAAAAUGGGGGAUCAGUUAUAGGGGAAAGUGGUGGUGCUCUUAGUGUGAAGGUUCAAGGUGGUGAGGAGGAAUCCUCCACCAAAAUGUGUGAAAAAGGGAAUGGAAAUUGGCAAAACGGAGAGAGCAACAUAUGUGAUAAGCGUGAUAGUAGUCGCUUGAGGGGGGGUUGUGAUUCUUCUCUUCCACCCAGUGGUGAUCUUUUCUCCCCUUGUGAGGAAGGGUCUUCUCUUAAGACUAUCAAUUUUUCCAUGUCGAAGAGCGAGGUACCUUUUCUUGCUGACGAUAGACAAGUGCAUUUAGGAAAUGGAUCCAAGACAGAUGUCAACCAACAGGUGAGUGAGAACGUGGAUAUGGAGAAAAGGGACGAUGUGAGUUGCAUCAGGGAGAAGCUUCACCCAGAAGGAGGUAACUUGUGCGAUAGUAAUUUGCCCACUAGUAGUUCGAAGGAAAUGACAAAUGGAAGUUCAGAUGUGCAAUGUCACUUAAGCAUGCCUAAUAAUGGAGCGGUUUGUGGAAAUGACAGUUUUGCGAUCGACAUGAAGGUGAAGGAAGAAGAGGGUACUACAAAUGGGAUAGUAGGCGAUGUGAAGGAUGACCCAUCCGUUCAUAAGGACAAGAGUGGGGCUACCCCUAUUGGAGGAAGCGAUAUGGGAAUGCAGGUGCACCCAUUGGAAGGUGCCACUACUUCGACUAUUCACCAUUUAAGUGACAAUCAGAGCGGAGAGAAUUACGAGAAAGUGAGGAACGACAAAUGUGAUGACACCGCGCUUUCUCAUGUAGUUAACAAAAAUGCGGAUGAAGCAUCUUCCCCUGGGCAUAUGAGUAAAAGCAAUUACGGGGGGUAUCCCGAUUCUACUGUGGUGGAAAAUAUGACGCAGAGUUUGAAUGAGCCCCUACUGGUUGGAAGCACGUAUAACAUGACUGGUCAUGUGAAUCCACUGGGAGGUGGUGAGGUAGAUGGGGAGCAGUUCGAGGGAACCUACAACGGUCAAGGGUGCGGCAUUGCGCUUGAGGGAAGUUCAUACAGCGAGAAUUUUCGCGCAAAUUACGAUGGGGGGGUUCCCAAACUUAACAAAGGGGUGAUAAAGGGCCUUUACACACAGAGCGGAGAUGAUGGAAGGAAUGGCUUUCCCAAUGGAGAGACUGAAGGGAGGAGGAAAGACGAAGUGACAACAACGAGCGGAUCAAUAAGGAAGGAUAAUAACCUGGUGGGAAAUGUGGAAUGUAAAAACAGAAAUGGAAAAAUAAAUGAGGAAAGAAUUUGCAAAAAAUGUGGCAGCACACGUGUAGAAACCUGGAGGCAAGACGAACCAAACAAUGAGCCAAGCGACAAACAAGAAAUAAAAAAAAUUUUCAAAAACAUGAAAAAGGAAUUAUAUGAAGAAAUGAAAAAAAUAUUUAAAGAGAACAAAAUAAAACAGAACAAACUAUUACACUAUUUUGACAUAAGCAAAUUCCUAAGUAUCUUUGAAUUAAUUUUUUUAAAAAAUUUCGAAAAUAUUAUUUUCCAUGAAAAGGCAAUACAAAACAUUUAUCUGAACAUGUUCAUAUGUGUGGAUAUAUUAAAUAACGAAUUGGGUAGAAGCAUUUCCCUUAAGUAUAUAUUUUUUCCAUCUCAGUUUUUGCAACAUGCAAAUAAGUUUAAAAAUAUUGCUCAUUUUGAUAGAAAGAAUAAGUUGUUCAUAGAGUCGGAGGUUCAAGGAGAUGAGUCCAGAGAAUUUCCUUAUUCCGGUGAUACUCCCAAUGGAGAGAAAAAUGAACGUGAGAAUUUCUGUGAGGACAAAAUAAAUUCUCUUCCAAUUCUUUUGAAGAAGGAUGAAAAUGGGCAAGACUUUCUAGAAAAUGGAUCUGAGAAAAAAACAUCAACAGAAAAAAUCGAAAGAGAAGAAGAAGCUCCUCCUGUGGUGGGGGAAGCGACCGUGCAACUGAGUGGAAUGGAAUACAGGAAAAAAAUAAAAAAGUUAUUUUUAAAAAUUUUCAGAAGAAAUAACAAAAAAUAUAAUAUCUAUAAAAAAAUUGAUUACGAGUUUUUAAUGAGAAAGUAUAAGUACAAUGGUCCACUGAAUUGUGAAGAGAAGGAGAAAUUUAAAAAAUACAUCAUCCUCGAUUUGCAUGAAAUUACAAAAAAAAUUCUUUUAAAAGUAUAUAAGAGGGUUAAUACUCAUUUAAACAUUGCUAUUUUGUCAUUAAACAUAUUAACCCAUAUUUUGUAUGUAAUUCCCAAACGCAUGUUGAAUAUUUCCUUUAUUUUCUGGAUUUUAAAUGAAACAAUAAAUGUGAAGUGUGCAUACACUUAUUUAAGUGUUCCUUUGUGUAUUUUGAAUUAUAAUGGAUUUUUGUUCUUGGAAACGAUGAUGAAGCUCAUCAUUCGCAUGAUUGAAAAUGAAGUUAUGCCUUUGCACUCUUAUAUGUUAUCUUUCCUUCGUUUAUGUUCAUUCCCAUUGUAUAUUUAUUUGUACUUUGAUAUCCCCGUUUCGCAUACACUUAUCAUUACGGCCCUGUCUGCAUUGUACCUCCUAGUUACUUACGACCCAGAUUUCUUGGCCACAGGAUUUGUUAGUGCGAAGACUGGGGGGGUUCGUUCCUCUAGGGGAAUUAUUAUCGGAAAGUGCGAUGACCAGGCAAACGGAGAGAAGACUACCAGUGUAGACCACGUUUACAAGAAGAGGAGGCUUUCAGAUGUACCUACAUCGGGGGAGAAUAGCGGAGAAAACGGUGGCGAGAACGGUGGCGAGAACGACGGUACGGUGAAGAGCGAAGCGAAGUGCCAUGGAAAAUGCCAAGUGAAGGAAGAAAUUAAAAAGGAAGGUACGUGGGAAGAGCCUAUUGAAAGCGAGCAUGACGAACUGACAGAGGAGAGGAAGGAGGUGCUGGAAAAAAUUUUUAUCAAAACCAUGUUGCUCUUUUUGAAGAAGUCCAUUUACUUUAAAAGUAUUUUCAAUUGCGCGAAUAUAAAUGAGAAGGAAGAAAUGUUGGUGGAUAGUAGGAAGGUUCAAGUCGUUUUAAAGAACUGGAGGAUGCAUAGCGAAGAAAUGGAAAAGGAAAAAGAAGAAUCAUACUUCUCUAACAUUGAAAAUAAGGUUUUCUAUUUACAUGACAAUUUGCUUUUAUACGCUUUGGAAAAUUUACCCAUAUCCAGUCAUGCCAAAGACAUGAAGAUGUGUGAAAAUAUAAAAAACCAGUUCAUCAAUCAAUACUGCACGACAGUUUCCUUCUCGUAUGACUUUGUCAUGCCGUCUGAGACUACGGAAAUACAGAGACUUAGCAUUUAUGCGCAUUCGAUAGUGCCUAUUUUUUUGUUCCUAUCUUCUCACCGUAGCUUAUGGCAGUGUUUGUCACCGCACAUCCCGUUGCUCACGCAGAUGGCAUUUAUCCGGACAGACAUCAGUCGAUCCUUGUGGGUCAUACUGAAGGAGUACUAUUUCAGAAGCUUCAUGCGGGAGAAACGGAGUGGGAAAAAGUGCGACUCGUGCUUUGACUCCCGGUUGGUCAAGAUUGAAAGGGUGAAGCGGAAUGUAGCAGAAUGA